GGACUGUGGGAGUCCAGAGGAACGGCAUAGAGGGCUUCCUGAAGGAAUGGAUUUUUCAAGCUGGGUUUUGAUGUGUGAAUAGGAGUUGGCCAGGUGAAGAAGGAGGAAAAGGGUCUUCUGGGCAGAGAUAUUUAUCUAAGGGAGAGAGGUAGGCAGGAGCUGAUUUGGGUAGUGGCAUUGAAUGCCAAACUGUGUGUUGGAACUUCCUUAUAAGGACAGUGGGGAACCAUGGAGAGUAUGUAGGCAGGGAAGGCCAUGAUCAGAGCUAUGUGUUGGGUAGAUCUUGCAGGGACCAGAGUUGGGGGCUGGCUUUGGUUCUUGAGUAAUGGGAUGGGGGUGGUGCUUACAAAGUCAUCAGGGGUCAGGAGUGUGAAAUCCCCACUUAAACUCAUCUGCAUCUUUCAGGACUGGCACCAGAGUUGAUGGAGGACCACUGGGUAUUCUAGAGGAUCCAAAGGACCCUCGUGUACAAUGACUUAAAGUGCAAGACCAAGGUCACUCUGCCCAAGCUGGGAAACAUGGGGAGAAAAAAAAUCCAGAUCUCACGUAUUCUGGACCAAAGGAACCGACAGGUGACAUUCACCAAAAGGAAAUUUGGGCUGAUGAAGAAGGCCUAUGAGCUGAGUGUGCUCUGCGACUGUGAGAUUGCUCUCAUCAUCUUCAACAGUGCCAACCGCCUCUUCCAGUAUGCCAGCACAGACAUGGACCGUGUCCUUCUGAAAUACACAGAAUACAGUGAGCCCCAUGAGAGCCGCACCAACACCGACAUCCUCGAGACGCUGAAACGGAGGGGUGUGGGCCUUGAUGGGCCAGAGCUAGAACCAGAUGAGGGGCCUGAGGGGCCAGGAGAGAAGCUGCGGAGGAUGGCAGGUGAAGGGGGUGACCCAGCUUUGCCCCGGCCCCGGUUCUAUCCAGCAGCCCCUGCCAUGCCCAGCCCAGACAUGGUGUUUGGGGCUUUGCCCCCAUCAGGCUGCGACCCCAGUGGGCUAGGGGAGGCCCUGCCUGCCCAGAGCCGCCCUUCUCCCUUCCGCCCAGCAGCCCCCAAAACUGGGGCCCCAGGCCUGGCACACCCUCUCUUCUCCCCGAGUCACCUCACUAGCAAGACACCGCCCCCCCUGUACCUGGCAGCAGAUGGGCGAAGGCCAGACCUUCCUGGUGGCCUGACUGGGGCCCGAGGGGGACUGAGUUCUGCGAGAAGCCUCUAUGGUGGCCUGCAGAGCCCUUGCUCUGCUGCAGCCCCAGGAACCCCGCUGGGGAACUUCCCCUUUCUCCCUGCAGGUCCCCCAGACUACAGCUUGGGAGACCCUCCGCCGCCUCCUGGCUUAUUGCAGACCCCCAACCUGGCCCCAUGGCAGUCCUCUAGGGGAGACGGCCCCCCUGCCCCUCCCACUCUGCCCAGUGGGGGCCGCAGCCUGGGUGAGGAGGGCCCCCCCACUCGCGACGCCUCCCCGCUGACCCCUCCAGUCAGCAUCAAGUCGGAGCGCCUCUCGCCAGCCCCCGGGGUCCUCAGCGACUUUCCCAAGACUUUCCCCUACCCACUGCUCCUCGCCCGGUCCCUCGCCGAGCCACUGAGACCUGGGCCCUCCCUGCGCCGGCUGCCCUUGACCGACAGCUGGCCUCGGUAGUGGGCACCGGGGUGGCACCAGCGCAGCCCUCUCACCGGGCAGGGCGAGGGGACAUGGGGACUCAGCGUCCCUUCAGGUCUUUUCCUAAAAGACCCAACAGCUACCGCCCCCUCCCAUCGUUGGGGCCUGGAGCGGGGUAGCUGGAUUCGGAUUCACCCUGGGAGGGUGUCUCCUUUCCUCCUUUCUGAGUGUGUAUCCUCCAAUAAAAUACGCGUGGGAUCUGUG